ACGAGCGUGAUGACGCCGGCUUCGGAGAAGAGCGCGGACAUCUCGCCUACGCGGCGCACGCUCUCGGCGCGGUCCGUCUCAGAGAAGCCGAGGUCGCGGUUGAGUCCGAUGCGCACGUUGUCGCCGUCCAGGCGGUACGUGUGCACGCGGCGGUGCAGCAGCUCCUUCUCGAGCGCGCGCCCGACCGUGCUCUUGCCGCUGCCCGAGAGGCCCGUGAACCAGAGCGUGGCGCCC